ACCACCGAGAAGCCGGAGAAUGGACCACUCAUACGCGCUGCGCGAUGCCGGAGCUGGUGGAGACUACGUUGGAGCUCCUGGCCCCCCUGCGGCCAUCAGACGAGAUCCGACGCCGACUCCGAACCGUCCGACUCCGAUUCCUCCAACUCCUCCAAAUCAUCCAACUCUGAUGGGCCCGCCGCAGACAGGCCCGCAGGUAAGUUAUCAGCUGUGGAACGUCUUGAAGCAGCUCCGGCCCCAGCCCCCCAGAAACCAGAAACGUCUACCAGGAGGAGCAGGAAGAGGACUCGCCCGACUGCCCCGGCAGGACUGAUAAAGUUCCAGACAGCCUUCCCUCGCGCCUGGCAGGGGAAGGCUGGUUGGCGUGGUUAUACUUUUUUAUUUAGGUAUCGAUUGCUGUGACACAAGAAGCAACUUCCAGGAUCUCCUUAACGACGACGAAGAAGAUGACGAGGGAGGACCACAUGAGAAGGAUGAAGGACUACAGGACCAGAUGAAGAGCGGCGGUUGCCUUUCUUUUAGUGGGCGGAGGCAGGACUCUUCUGUCUCUCUCCCAGCUGAAGGUGGACGUCAAUUGUAAGUCGCUUUGGAUAAAAGCGUCUGCUAAAUGACAUGUAACCAACCCGUCACCCUCAGCAGACCACUGAACAAGUACAAUCAGGACCCCCCCACCCCCUGACACCGCCCGCCCCGCCCACACAGGAAGCAGCUGUGAAGAAGACUGACGCUUCAGUCUGAACGAGACAUAAUAAUUCUUUCA